GAGUCUGGCAGCCGGAGUACACUGCUCAAUGGAAGUCAAAAAUGAACAUGAUGCUUCAACUCAAAAACAAGACGAAACGACAACGUUUCAUCAAACUACUUUUGCAAAACCUAAAAUUUCAACAUUGACAAGGAAACUCACUCGGUUUUUAUCAACAGAUCAAGACAGCGAGAGUCCUCGGGAAAAACGGGCAAGGCUCAUCUCAAAGCGUGGACGAGUGAAUAUCGUAACAUUGAACGUUGAACGACGUAAUCUGCUCUAUCUAUCUGACGCGUUUACGACAUUAAUCGACUGGAAGUGGUACUGGAUCGCGCUCGUUUUCUCCGCCUGUUUCCUUACUAGCUGGUUGUUUUUUGGUACUAUAUGGUGGCUAAUAGUAUGGCUUAGAAGCACACAUGCUUCACAGGUGACAUGUGUUGAAAAUGUCACGUCAUGGACUUCAGCGUUUCUGUUUUCCAUUGAAACUCAAACGACCAUCGGUUACGGCGGUAGACAGAUAACUCCAAACUGUCCGGAAGGUGUAUUAUGUCUUCUUCUCCAGUCCCUCACGGGAUUAACAAUCUCCGCCUCACUCAUGGGUCUBAUCUUUGCGAAAGUAUCCCGACCACGCCCUCGCGCCCACACACUGAUCUUUUCGAGUAACGCAGUCAUAUCGAGCAAGAAUGGUGUGACGCAGCUGUCGUUUCGUGUGGGAGACGUCCGUAAGAGCCAGCUUCUCGAGGUUACCAUUAAAUUGCACUGRUUUCGAUUUGCAACAAAUCGGCUCAACGAGAAAAUACUUCUUGAACAGAUUGAGUUACCACUUUCGUUUUGCUCAGAAAGUGAGCCAGACUAUGAAGUAAGACCUUUCAUGCUUACACCGCUGACUGUAAGUCACGUGGUUGAUGACAAYAGCCCUUUCUACGGUUUGAGCGAGAAGGGUUUACUGGAAUCUAAUAUCGAGGUAGUAGCGGUGCUGGAGGGUGUAGUCGAGGCAACUGGCAUGGUCAUGCAGGCAAAAACGUCAUAUCUACCACACGAAAUUCUCUGGGAGCACGAAUUUUGCCCUCUAACAAUCAAAAGUAAUACCAUAAACAAUAGACUUCACUUGGACUUCUCGCGCUUUGAUAAAACUUUCUCCGUCAAAACGCCCGCCAAAUGUCCCGAUAUACGUCACGAACGUCAUCAUAAACGAGCCGUUGUUAGRCAGGCUGAGAGCAACGGAGAUGUAUGGGUACCUCGCCAAUCACACAAAAUGUGAAUUGAAAUGACUCAAUUUUAAAGAAAGAUAGUGGGGACCCUAUGCAGUGAGGAGAGAAGAGGUCUAAGUCAGCUAAGAGACCGCUUAUUCUUUUCUUUUCAUUUUAUUCUCAGCGACUAAAAACCAUGAAAGUAUAGGAAACGUAGUCGAAAAGAGAAAACUAUAUCAGUAAACCUUGACUUCUAAUCCUUAAAGCGAAAACACUCAAACCGAAAAUGAUUUUUAUCAGAUUACUAUCAAAAUCUCUACUUCUACUUUGAUUUCAAAUGGUUUAAAGAGAAACAAAUGGUUUYAAAUGAGUCAAAUGCAUCUUGAGGCUACACCACAUCGCAUGUCUAAUUGAUAACAGCCAAAAGGGUUCCUCCAUUAACAGUAUCGAAAUCUCACCGCAAUGACGUGAACGUAGGCAAAGUGUACACAUUACGAGUGUCUGUAUCGAGUAUGCAAAAUGCGAGUUACUCGAGUUAAAUUGUUAAAGCAAAUAUUYUGUCGUUCGAAGACAUUUUUUGGCUUUAAAACACAUGCUGAGGCACUUGUCAUUUCAGAUUAGCAAGAGUUUUUUGAAGCGCCGCGAAAAAUGCUCUGAGCUAUGUCCAAAAAUAACUUAGUCAAUAGUAAUUAACAUUCAAGUAAAUUACAUUCAGCGAUUCUUCAAAAAUAGUGCAAAGCGAAUCUUUGUUUGAGAUCAAUUUUUAAAUUAUUCAAUAGUAAAUAUAUUUAAGUGGUUUCAGUAAUAGUCUUACAUGUUUUUUCAUAWCAACGACAGUUUUUCUUUGGAAAACUGCUAUAUAAAUGACGACCUUUGACAAUUUACAAGGUAAAAGUAAUGACAAAUCCCGGGCCCAACCYAGAAAUUUCAUCAAUUGUAAUAACUUUGUACGGUAUCUUUUAGCAUUAAAAUUGAACAACCUAAA